AUUCACCCCAUUUUCCUGUAAAUCUCUGAUCAGUCCCCAGAAAACCCUGGAUUUCUGUAUAUUGAUUUGUACCCAAUCUACGCUCCCAGUUCACCAAAUUUUCAAAUCUUCUUGUUGAUUAUCAGUGGAAUUAGGCUCAUGAGUACCGGUGAUUUUCUCAAUAUUCAACCGACCGAACUCAAGUUCCCCUGUAAGUCUUAUUGAUUUGGAAUUCUUUUACUUUCUGCUUGGUUGCCAAGAAAAUCAGUGGCGAUUGAAAAUAUUUAAAUCUUUUUGGGAUUCUUUUUGUUCACUUUGUUGCUAUCUUUAACAACUGAAGUAAGCCAGGUUUUUUAUUCCGAUUCUGUGGAGUGGAGGUCAUCGUAUAUUAGGGCCAUAUGAUCUGAAGAUUCAAAAUUUCAUGUUUUUAUCUAAUUUCUCGGUAAUCGAACAUGAAAAUCGAUAUUUUGUUUUUUAAUUGGCCUAAUUUUCUUGCUUGUUAUUUUGUAUAAUUGCAAUUUCUACUUGGGUAUUGAUCAUUUUUUUGGAAUGUUUUGUUGUGAAAGUUGAAUUGAGGAAGCAGAGCUCAUGUUCUAUGCAACUGGACAAUAAGACUGAUCAGUAUAUUGCGUUCAAGGUUAAAACUACCAAUCCCAAGAAGUACAGUGUCAGGCCCAACACGGGUAUUGUUCAACCCGGUAGUACUUGCAAUGUUAACGUUACAAUGCAAGCUCAGAAAGAGGCACCUCCUGAAAUGCAGUGCAAGGACAAAUUUCUCAUUCAAAGUGUUAUUGCACCCAAUGGUGUCACUCCUAAAGACAUAACCCCAGAAAUGUUUAAUAAGGAGGAUGGGAAGGUUGUUGACGAGUUCAAAUUGAGGGUUAUUUACAUUCCUGCUAAUCCCCCUUCACCAGUCCCUGAAGGAUCGGAAGAAGGUUCUCCUCCCCGGGUAUUCACGGCUGCAGAUGGGAAUGGAAAUGCUUCACUGCAUGAUGCUGUAAAAAGAUCUUUGGAGGAGCCCAAAGGGAAACCUACAUCAGCAGAGGCAUGGUCUAUGAUUUCUAAAUUGACUGAAGAGAAAGCUUCCGCUAUUCACCAAAAUCAGAAGCUUCGUCAGGAAUUGGAACUGAUGAGAAAAGAACUCAGCAGAAGCCAUGCUGGUGGCGUCUCCAUUUUGUUUGUGGUUCUGUUUGGUCUACUUGGUAUUCUGGUUGGCUACUUGAUCAAAAAGACAUAGGAGCUGCAGUGAUAGCAAUCUGUCAUUCAUUUAUGGGAUGCCGACAUCAACUAUUGAGGUAUUCCGAAGUUUGGAAACUUUAUAGGACAUUCUUAGCCAAGUGUAAAAAAGAUGUAUUGUUAUGCAUUGUUGCCAUCGAAUGAUUUAUUUGCCCGAGUUUGAACAAGAACUCUGUUGAACGAUUUUAUUGAAUUAUUGAAUUGGUUGGCCGUCAACUGGAUGUGAGAUUUUCUGAUCU